AAACCUCAUGAGAAAACAGUUCACAUCAAGUGCGACGCCAGUCAGUAGCCCAGAGACACUACUUCUGAAAAUGGGACUAAGGGACGAGCUCCUCAAGGCGAUAUGGCAUGCGUUCACAGCCCUGGAUGUGGAUAAAAGUGGGAAAGUGUCUAAGUCACAGCUGAAGGUGCUGUCCCAUAACCUGUGCACAGUGAUGAAGAUCCCUCAUGAUCCCGUAGCUCUAGAGGAACAUUUUAGAGAUGACGAUGAAGGACCUGUUUCCAAUCAGGGAUACAUGCCUUACCUGAACAGGUUCAUUCUGGACAAGGUCCAGGAUAACUUUGACCGAAUUGAUUUUAACAGGAUGUGUUGGACUCUGUGUGCCAGAAAAAACCUUAACAGAAAUCACCUGCUUAUCUCAGAUGAUGAUGCAUUUAAGAUCUGGUGCAUUUUCAACUUCCUCUCAGAGGAUAGAUAUCCACUGAUCAUGGUCUCAGAGGAGAUAGAGUACUUCCUUCGUAAGCUAACAGAAGCCAUGGGUGGCAGUUGGAUUGAGGAAAAGUUUGAAGAAUACAAGCUCCAGCUGAGCAGCAAGCACCAGUGUCUGAAUGCGUGGGAGCUGAUUGAGUUGGUGGGCAUGGGUCACUUCAGUAAGGGCAUGGACCGCCAGACCCUCUCCAUGGGCAUUAAUGAAGUGUUCCAGGAACUUAUUCUGGAUGUGCUCAAACAGGGAUACAUGAUGAAAAAGGGCCACAGAAGGAAGAACUGGACUGAACGGUGGUUCCUAUUGAAGCCCAACUUAAUAUCAUACUAUGUCAGUGAAGACCUUACAGAGAAAAAAGGCGACAUAUUACUAGAUGGAAACUGUUGUGUCGAGUCAUUGCCUGACAAGGAGGGAAAGAAGUGCCUUUUCUACGUCAAGUGUUCAGACAAAAGCUUUGAAAUCAGUGCCUCAGAUAAAAAGAAAAAACAGGAGUGGAUUCAAGCUAUUCAGACUUGUAUCACACUCCUGAAGGUGGGACGUCCAGCUCCACACCACGAGGCACGGCAGAAGCGGCGAGAGUUACGACAGAAACAACAGGCUGAGCAGGAAGAACUGGAGCUGAGGAUGAGGGAGCUGCAGACGGCCAAUGAGAACAAACAGAGAGAGCUGGAGGCCAUGAGGAAGAAACUGGAGGAGGCCGCAGCCAAUGCUGCAGAAGAAGAACGUAGACGUCUGCAGACCCAGAGCGAACUGCAGGAUCUUUACCGGGUGGAAAUGGAGAAAGAGAAAAUGGUGCGGCAGCAAAUGGAGGAACAGGUGGCUCAAAAGUCAUGUGAGUUAGAGCAGUACUUGCAGCGUGUACGAGAGCUAGAGAACAUGUACCACCGUUUAGAAGAAGCACUGGAGGAAGAAAGACAGGCCAGACAAGAUGAGGAAACUGUCCGAAAACUACAGGCCAGGCUACUGGAGGAGGAGGUAUCCAAGCGUGCAGAGCUGGAGCAGAUACACCUGUAUCAACAGCAGACCAUUUCCCAGACACAGGCAGAGAAACAGGAGCUGGAACGAGAGCGGCUGGCGAAGGAGAGCGCUUUGCAGUCUGCUAUGGAGCAGCUGCAGCAGCUGGAGGUUGACAGACGGGGUGCACUGGAGCAAUACGAGGAGGUGAUGAAGAAACUAGCAGAUGCUGCUAAUAACACAAAGAGCUGGAAGGACAAGGUGGCUCAGCACGAAGGACUCAUACGGCUCAUUCAGCCAGGUCCCAAGUACCCUCAGAAGAUCACAAACUGGGGUCCUGCAGCUUUCACAGAGGCAGAACUGAGUCUGAGAGAAAAAGACUGGCAGGAAAAGAAAAACAGGCCUCCUACACCCGAGUAGGGAGUCCAGUCUGUAUACGUUACUGUAGAUAGGGUCACUAGACAAGUGUGUGCAUUGUGCGUGUGUAUUAUAUAUAUAUAUAUAUAUAUAUAUAUAUAUAUAUAUACACACGCACUGUCUCUGUGGGGUUAGCCUCGGACCACACUAAAGCUGUAAGCCACGUGAGUUUGCAGAGUAAAUCGGAGCCUGGCUUCGUCUGAAGAAUUGUCUCACCAUUCCAAUCUCUACUGUAACGUUCCAGUGUCAUUUUGUCCUUUGCAUUGAAGUGAUUUUAUACAUUUUUUUGUAUGAUGUUCUACAUCUUGCGAAUGUGUUCAUUUUGGUGCAUUUCCACCAAAGUAAUGGUAGAUUUUUCUUCCCCAUAGUUCAUGAGUUUUAAAAAGAGUUUUUUUUGUUUUGUUUUUUUAAGUAAAACAUAAUGAAUAAACUAACUCACCAAGUAAAUAUUGUUAAAAAAAAAAAAAAAAAAAGAAGAAAAAAGUGUAAUUAUGCAUGCAAUGCAUUGUCAUGCCUAAUUUAGUUUUCAAAAAGAAUCAAAAAUGUAAAUUCUACAAAUUUAAAUUGUAAUGAAGUAUGCGAAAUGGACUAAUAAAACAUUUUGUAAUUAAUUUUUGUGCUAAAACAAUGGAACGAAUAUAGCAGUUGUUAACAUACUGUAAAGGCAAUCUCAUUCAAGGAGACGUGACUUCAGUAUUAACUAUUUUAAAUGCUCAAGUUAUUAACACAAUUGUGUUUUUACUGCAAUUUAUGUGUUUUUGGGAUUAUUCAGUUUGGUACAAUACUGUACCAAAACUGUUGUUUGCCUUAAACUAAUGUCCAGAUUUAAGCCUGAGACCUGAGACUGUAUUGUUUGUCAUUCAAUAAAGGCAUUAUUUAAUAGUUGUAAAUGGUUUUCAGAGUAAUAGUCAGUUUGCUAAAUGCAAGUGACGGUGGGUUUUAAGGCCACCAGGGGUCGAUAGAGCUCUGUUUUUACUGCUGCUUGUAGAAAUCGUUGGGAUAUUGGGUGCAAAGAAAAUUAAAAAGUGGAAAAGGA